AAAGAACCAUUCUGCCGGAUGAGGAGUCCAGUAAUCAUUUCUAAUACUGAAACACAACACAAAAAGUGUAUCCGAACGAACAAAAAAUACAGAUACAAAGCUGUGCAACAACAAAAACAAUGUAGCCCAGCUAAGCAACCCCACCAAUACCAUCAGCGUUUCGAAAUGGGAGCAACCUCGUCGAAAAGUAUAUCUGAAUUAUUUGCUUUCUAGUCAGUCGCAGUAAAACAGAUCGCCAUCAUUCACACAUCAGUGUGGAGAUUUUAAUAAUUGAGGCGACAUUUUUACGAGCGUUUGGAGUGCGGAUUAUGGCAUAUCGUCUGAAAACGGCCAACGAAGAAGCAACAGUGUCACAUUGAAAUUGCAACACCUCGGGAAUUUCAUUCUCGUAUUUUUUGAUGAAGUUAAGCACUUGACCAGCCGGGGUGUUAUGGUGAGCAAGGAUCAGGUGCUUGUAAUGGUAUCAGUGGUGGUGGUGGUGGUUGUGUCAGAAGUGGUGAUGGUGGUUGUGCCAGUAUCUCUGUGUUAAUGUGCUUGCGUGACUUGAUUUGCAUAACGCCAACGUCGUCAUACUUCUCCGAGUCAAAAAGAGUCAACUUAUGAGGUGCGAGGUCAGUCAGUCCGUCAACCAGCCAGCCAGUCAUCUAUCCAAUCCAGCCAGUGAAAAGAAAAACUAUCAUAACUAAAGAGAAUCAGUCAGCCAGCCGACUCACCGACCGACCGAACGUGUGCCACAACAAUAGUUACUUCUGCCAUUGUCCUUAUUCUGAAUGAAUAUCCCCCAUCCACAACAACAACAACAACAGAGACUUGAAGUUGGCGUUGUGUUCUAGUCUCUGCAUAGAAAAGAGGCCUAUUACUACUGACUACAAAUUGUUGGCGUUGUUGUAGUUGUAGCACUGACUGACUGACGGUUGUGAUUGUUGCCAUUGUGGCGCUUUCUGGUUUCCACCUGGAUUUGUUGUAAAUGAGAAACAACGGCGGCAACACCAACAACCUAGAACGGAGCAACGGUGCAAAGCCCUAACACACUACUUAGACUUUUGGAACAACAACAAUAACAACAACCACACCAGUGGAGAACAGCGGAGGAGGCCAGCUUUUUGUAAAAGCCACCAAGGAAAUGUCUCGUCAGUCGCGUCUAAAGAGUUUCAACGAAAACAGCUAUUCAUGCUGAAUGGCUCAGUUCAAAGCAGAAAAAAGGGAAUCCACAACGCUAAGUAAACAAACAACGACCCCUGGCUGGCUAACGGCUUGGCUAGAUGCACAGAACCAGGACCCUUCGAAAAGCACAGGACUAGCUAGCCCCUCUUUGGGCCACAACGGAGCAAAAAAAAAACUAUUGUGGGAUACCUCAAAUUCUCCAACAGCCACAAAAACGCUUCCUUGGUUUUUUCUAAAAAAACAUGUGUUUUGUAAAUGUCCGUGUGUUUCAAACGUACUUUAAGUUUUCCAAACCAAUACCUGAGUAACCACGUUGUGCCUUUCUUCUUCCAUGGCGAACGACAAACGAUUUUGCCAAAACAGAAAUUACCACAAAACCAAAAUACCCGGUAUAUGAAAAUUCAAGGUGAAUGUUCCUCUGUUCAGUUCCGUUUUUCGCAAAAAAAAAAAAAACAUCCAAAGCUUCUAUGAACUCGGCAAAUAAAAGUGUGCAACAAAAAGAAGCAAGAAAAAAAAAAAGCCGGAGGAUGAGAAUAUUAUGAACCUGUUGUUCACCACAUCAAGGGUUCAACGUAGAGUGUGUUGUAUACAUAUAAGAAAAUUUGUAUAUAUAUGUGUGUGUGUACCUAUGUGUCUGCCGUACUUGUGUGUAUAUUUGUUUGUCGAGGAUAUUGUUGAAAAAGAAAAAAAAAAAAACAUCCACAAAGUUCAUCUGGAAAAAAAGUUGCAAUUAAUUGACCCACAUUUUUGUUGUUCAGUUUUGAUUUAAAGUGAUUUGAAAUAAACAUCGAAAAUAAAACGACCAAAAACAAAUCGUUUGUGAUCUAAGCUGAAUUAAAAUUAAGUGAAUACAUAAAUAGAUACCAGAAAAGAGAAGACGUGUUAUGCUCAAGCGGGAUUACAUCUGCCCAAAUGUUUAUGUCUUCUUUGCUGGAACAAAUUAUGAGGUCUAAGGCUCAAGCGAGAAAAUUUAGUCAAGGCAGCACAAGUGACGAUUACGAUUUGGGUGCAUUCAAACAGUUUCCUCACAAUUUGAUCUCUCCCAAUUCGGCCCAUCCGUUGGCGUUGAGUGCCCACAGUACAGAUCUGAGUAGUUAUCAUCAUCACACGCAGCAACACCAUCAACAGUCACCACUGAACGGCUAUCGAGGCAGUGAAUCACCGCCAAGAAACACCGGCUUGCCGGAUGCAAAUUCUCCACUAACCACCAGUCCCGGAGGAUUUCUAAACAAUUCUGGCCUGCAUCAUACCACACCCGCCCAAAUGGAGCAGUUACUUAGCAGUAAACUGCAAGCCGAAAACCUACUGCUGGGCAUGACCCGUCUCCAGGAACCCGUCUGUGAUUUAACGCCACGUGAAAAUGGUGUCUUUGCCAAACAACAUCUGCGACGUGGCACCCGAUUUGGACCGUUUGCCAUGAGCGAACCAACGGACAAAACAAAUGCAUGGGAUCUCUUAAACAUGCCCCACAUACGUAAUCUACUGCAACCCUCGCCCGAAGUUAAGAAUUUAUUGAAGAAAAUUCGCACAGUCACCUCUGUGGACAAUGAUAAAGAGGCUAAUCUAACAACAUUUUGUAUAGCAGGAUAUUUAUGGUACGAAGCAAAUCGUGAUAUUGCAGCUGGUGAAGAAAUGAUAGUUGACGGUCGACCUACAUCACCAUAUCAGGAUCAUAAUGAUUCCUUAAUGAACGGAGAGGCUCAUACCGGUUCGUCAAUUCACAGCAGCGAGGAUCGCAAUGAAAGAGAAAAUGUUUCAUUCUAUGGUUCAAAUUUAAAUCACGACGACGAUUAUCGAGACAACAAAGACAAAUCAUCGGAACAUCUAGAUCCUGCAUUAAGUGAUGAUGAGAAUGGUUUUGAUAUACGCUGUGAAGUUUGUGAUAAAACCUUUGGAGAUAUAGAUCGACUCGAUGACCAUUUAGUGGGUGCUCAUCAUUUUCGCAAAGACGAAUUUCUGUGUGAAUUGUGUUCAAAACGUUUCUGCCAUCGUCCUGUGCUGCUGAAACAUCGGGCAUUGGUCCACAACGAAAUCAGGAAAUAUCCUUGUGAAAAUUGUACCAAGGUAUUUUGUGAUCCAUCGAAUCUACAGCGUCAUAUUCGUACCCACCACAUUGGUGCCAGAAGUCACGCCUGUCCCGAGUGCGGCAAAACAUUUGCCACUUCAUCUGGCCUCAAGCAACACACGCACAUUCACUCCUCCAUCAAGCCGUUCCAGUGCGAGGUGUGCUUCAAAGCGUACACGCAGUUCUCGAAUUUGUGUCGGCACAAGCGGAUGCACGCCGACUGUCGCAUGCAGAUCAAGUGCAACAAGUGCGGCCAGAGCUUCAGCACCGUUACCUCAUUGUCGAAACACAAGCGUUUUUGUGAUUCCACCAACGUACCGCCGGCAGGAGUCGGAUUGCCACCCAGUCUACCUCAUCCAGCAACGUUGCAUCAUCAGGCCCAGGCCCAGUCCUCGUCGGCAGCCCAAGCUCGAUCUAGCGGCGGCGGUGUCAACGGCGUUUCGCAGUUUGCCAACAACAUGGCCACUCCACCCAACCCCUUUUCGCUGUUCAUGCGUUCACCCUAUUUCCCACCAUUUCCGGCAAUGGCCUAUGGCUUGCAGAGCAUAUUCCCUCAGGCUCCAGCGGUGCCCACGCCUAACUUCCCUCUGAUGUUCAGCAAACCUAAUGUGGAUCUAAGACUACAACAGCAGCAGCAGCAACAUCAACAACAGCAGCUGCGUUCUCCAGUAUCACAUCAGCAAAAGAGCGGUGGACAUUUGAAACACAACUCCAUGUCGCCCAAUUUACCCAAGGAGCAAAUGGCGGCAGUUCAUGAGGCCUUUGGUUUAUCCAUGGAAAAGCAGGCAAUGGAGAGAGACGACAACAAGCCAUCACGUAAUUCCUCUGUAGAGCGCUCACCAUCAUCAUCGUCGCGGGGCGUUAGCCACACACAGACUCUUAAAAAGGAGUCUCAGCAUUAUACCUCCGAUGAGGAAUCCAAUUCCGUGGUGGAACUGAAAACUGAACCCAAGGAUGAAGAAGACGAGGAAAAAGAAAUUGGAAAUACCAAACAUCGUAGUGAUGAUGAAGAAGAGGAGAAUGUUUCUCGACACAAUGAUGAAGAUAAGAAAUCAAUUGACAUUGUUUCGGUCUCGCCACGUCAUGAACAGGAACCCCACACCAAAUCAACAGCUGCCGCCGAACUACCUCUGGAUCUAAGCUUAUCGCGCAAGCGCAUUUCAUCAAGCGAUUCCCGUGACAGCCACGAGGAAAACAGCCAGAAAUCAAUGGUGCUGCAGCAACACAGCCCCCGCGUUCGCAGCCCCAUAGCCAAUGAGGAGCUCAGCAAUGCUGAAAGCUAUGAACCACCCAAAAAGAAAUCCUCCUCCUUGAGAGCUGCCUUUGGCCUGGGCAGCAGAACAUCAACUGCCUCACCGGGACCCACACCCUCACCAUCGCCACCCAUGACAAAUGGCAAUGGAACCAAUGGCAUCAACGAAACCGCCCCUAAUGCCAAUAUGCCACCCACAUGUCCACGACCCAUACACCCGAUGCUGCUGGACGAACUCUAUCGCACACACGCAUUGGAAUCAGCCUUUCAACGUCCGUUCCCUUUUUUAGGACUAAUGGGCGAGCGGCCGGCCUUUGAUGCCAAUGCGUUGCGCGCUAGAGGAGAGUCGUUUCCGCCCGAACCAAUCUUUCGCGAGGCCCUAAGAGGUCUGUCGUCGGGUGUAAUGGCUGCCGCCGCCCAUCAAUCUGGAAAACUUAAGGAUCGUUAUACUUGCAAGUUCUGUGGCAAAGUAUUUCCCCGCUCGGCAAAUUUGACACGCCACCUGAGGACCCACACGGGGGAGCAACCCUACACAUGUAAAUACUGCGAUCGGGCCUUUAGUAUUUCGUCGAAUUUGCAGAGGCAUGUGCGCAACAUCCACAACAAGGAGAGACCUUUCCGUUGUCAUCUCUGCGAUCGUUGCUUUGGCCAGCAGACGAAUUUGGAUCGCCAUCUGAAGAAACACGAGGCUGAAUCGACGGGAUUGGCCAUCAGUGAUUCGCCGUCGUCAAAUGAGGCUGAUCGUGACGACUCGUAUUUCGAUGAAAUACGUAGUUUUAUGGAUCGUGUUACAUACAACGAAGAGAUGUACACCCCGACGAGUAUGGGUAAUGGAGAAAAUGACACCGACUACAAUGGCAGUGAUGGCGAAAAUGAGCUGUCCGUGUCAAGACCCUCAUCGGUCGAUGAGUUAAAUGGGGAGAAUAGUAAAGCAACGGGACAGAAUGAAACGGUGACAGUCACCGAAGAUGAGCAGUAAUUUUGGAAGAGAGAGAAUGAGGAAUUUAAUUUUGUUAUGGAAUGGCCCAUAUGCUGACCACGGGGUGUUUCUAUUUAGCCUGUAAAUAUGUACUAAUCAUAGCUUUAGGUAAUUUUCAAUUACAACUAAGAAAAAAAAACAACAACAUUUAAAUUUAAUUUUUUUAACAUUUAAGCGUUAUCUUUUUAAUUCCUAUAAGAAAAAAACAACAACAACAAAACAAGUAGCAAUAAGAAAAAAAAUUAAACAACAAAAAAACAUUGAAUUGAAUAUCAAUGGCAACAACACCCAAAACUGAUAAUAAAUGAAAUGGAAAUUGAAUUGUUUAAUUAAAAGAGAAAAAAAAAAAAAAACAAACUAAAUUAAGAGCACUGCUAUUAAAAUAUUUCAAAACACACACACACACAUACUUAUUUUUUUUAAUUUUUUGGUGUAUCCAAACAUCCUUGGAAUUUGAAUAAUGUGUGAUGAUGAUGACGAUGACUUGGAAGUGAUUUCGUUUGUUUCGUUUUUUUGAAAUUUGUUUUGUCAUUCGCAUUUAAUUUCGAAAACUAUGAAAUGACAAAAAACCAACCCCAACAACAAAAACAACCACAACGAGAUAUUUAUAAUGUUAUUUUGUUCUUAAGCUUAAGCAAAACAAAACUAUAAUAUUUUGUACAUAAAACAACAACAACACCCACAACCAAAACUAUACAUAGUAGUAAAAAUAUCAAGAAAAAAAAUAAUUAUUACACAACUUGUUUAUUUAUUUAGCAAUAAGUUAUUUUUUGGCGAUAGUAUUUUUUAAAUAAAUAAUUUUUGAAAUA